GGAAGUCGGUGCGUGACCGUCAACGCAGCAGCCAUUUUGGUCAAAUAGAAUUUAGAGAACAAGAACAAAAUUAGAACAAAGAGAAUUUAUUUCUUUAUUAGUGCAGUAAGACAAAAUCCCUAUUAAACUGCAUCUCAGACACACUUUACCUUCAUCAUGUGGUAUGAAAUAUUGCCUGGAUUUGCUAUAAUGACGGUUUGUUUGAUCGUUCCUGGAGUGGCAACUUCUCAAAUACAGAAAUUUACUAACGGUAGAAAGGAGAAAAGAAUCGCAAGAGUUCCUUACCAGUGGUACCUGAUGGAAAGAGACAAGAGGGUGUCAGGGACUGGACUGUAUUACCAGUCAAAGGGACUUGAAAACAUUAAAUGAAGAUCAUACCAAACCCCUUUCCCUGUCCAAAGGUUUAGCAGCGUGCAUUUUGACCAGCCAUCUAUUAAAAUAAUGUAUAUAUGAUA